UGAUGCUUUCUCCUCCCCGCCACCUGCUCGACCUCCUGCUCCGCGCUCUGGCCGCGCUCUGGAGCAGCCUGGCGCCCCUCUGGCUCUGGGGGGCUCCCGGACUCCGCCAGCGCCGCCUGCCCGCCCCGGAGAAAGGGCGCCCCUCCGGGACGCCGGUGCCGCUCAGCGUCAACUACCACUUCACCCGGCAAUGCAACUACAAAUGCGGCUUCUGCUUCCACACGGCCAAGACCUCCUUCGUGCUGCCCCUGCAGGAAGCCAAGAGAGGGCUCAGCUUGCUCAAGCAGGCGGGCAUGGAGAAAAUAAACUUUUCAGGAGGGGAGCCGUUUCUUCACGAGAGAGGAGAAUUUGUUGGGAAGCUGGUCCAGUUCUGCAAGGAAGACCUUCAGCUGCCAAGCGUUAGCAUCGUGAGCAACGGAAGUAUGAUUAAGGAAAGAUGGUUCAGACGCUAUGGGAAAUACCUAGACAUACUUGCAGUGUCUUGUGAUAGCUUCUGCGAGGAAGUCAAUGUUUUGAUUGGACGUGGGCAAGGGAGGAAAAGCCACGUUGAGAAUCUCCAAAAACUGAAGAAGUGGUGCCAAGAUUACGGCGUGGCUUUCAAAAUAAACUCUGUGAUUAACAGAUUCAACAUGGAAGAGGAUAUGAAUGAGCACAUUAAAGCUCUAAAUCCUGUCCGUUGGAAGGUAUUUCAGUGCCUACUCAUUGAAGGAGAAAACACAGGGGAAGAGGCUCUGAGAGAAGCGGAGAGAUUUGUCAUCAGCGACGAAGAUUUUGAACAAUUCCUGCAUCGUCAUAAAGAUGUCUCGUGCUUAGUGCCCGAAUCUAAUCAAAAGAUGAGAGAUUCAUACUUAAUUCUGGAUGAAUAUAUGCGUUUUCUAAACUGUGCAAAUGGCCGGAAAGAGCCUUCCCGAUCUAUCCUGGAUGUAGGUGUAGAAGACGCAAUAAAAUUCAGUGGAUUUGAUGAAACUAUGUUUUUCAAGCGAGGAGGAAAAUACGUCUGGAGCAAAGCAGAUAUGGCACUAGAAUGGUGACCAAACCUGUCUUUUUACCACAUGUGCACUGAAACCAUGAACAGUAUCCAUUUCUUCCACCCUCAAGAGAGAACGAUAGCA